AGCACUCACACUGUUGUAGGGCUGUUGCUGCUUCUGCAGGACUUUGGUGUUAACUGUGGAUUCCCGUGUUCAGCAGCCAAGCAGUCCACUGGGGUAAGAGGGAAGGCUGUAUACUGUAGGAUUUCAGGAACAACUCAAAUUGAAGCAUUCAGUACAUCUCAGAGCGACUUGUGAUUGGAGCUGCUACAGAAAACCUCCUCAAAGUGGAAGGCAGUAGUGCUGUGCUGUAACAGGAUUUAUCCUGUUUGAGGCUACUACUACUAACCUGACUCCUUGUUGUCUUUACUAUUUACCUACAAGCUCACUGUGUCUCAUUGAGCCUCACACUGCAGGUACUGUAGAAGAGUUUGACAACCUAACGCAGCUCUAAAAUUAUAUUAAGAUCCAUUUUUAAUUACUUUGAGUCCUGACCCAGCCCGUGACAGGGAAACAGCCAGGCAGCCAGCCAACUGGGGACGCAGCUGUUUUUACAAACCAAAGUGCGCUCUAAGAAUCGCUGGUUGAUGGAGUUUGUGCGGCGGAGUGGUGACUACUGCCACGCCCAACACAUUUAAACCCUAUCUGGGAUGAAGCUACACCAUGCAGUCCUGCGGCCCUGAAACCUGAAAGACCAUUGGCCAUUGCCCUCUGAACCAGCCAGCUCAUGGGGUAACAAGUGGAGCCUCGACACUGAAAGCUAACCGGAGAGAGAAGGAAAGAGAGAACUACUGAGAGACAAAGACAGAAAAGGACCAGACAAUCAGAGAGACAAAAACACAGAGACGAACAGAGAGAGAGCUGACCCUCCUGGACUAUAGGAUACAGUCAACCGAUGGGGUAAAACAGUACUCAACACAACAGAACCUCGGAAUUGGGAAACUACCUUGAACGGCUAUUAACAGUCUCCCAAUAGGAAGUUCCACAAGAGAGAGGAAGUCCAGAGUCACCUGAAGACCUGAUAUAAGUUAAAGACACAGCAACUAACUGCUACAGGUGGAACUAAAGCUGCUCACACAUCAAGAUCAGAGGUCACCAUGAACCGUCCAGCUCCAGUGGAACUGUGCCACAAGAACAUGAGAUUCCUUAUCACACACAACCCCACAGACAGCACACUCAGCUCCUUCAUAGAGGACCUGAAGCGCUUCGGUGCCACCACUGUUGUUCGAGUCUGUGAUAUCACCUAUGAUAAAACACCGUUGGAGAAAGACGGCAUUAAUGUGGUGGAUUGGCCGUUUGACGAUGGAGCCCCGCCCCCCAGUAAGCUGGUUGAUGAUUGGUUGAGUUUGCUGAAGAAGAAGUUUCAGGAGGAUCCAGGAUGCUGUGUGGCUGUUCACUGUGUGGCUGGACUGGGGAGGGCUCCUGUGCUUGUUGCUUUGGCUCUGAUAGAGAGCGGGAUGAAGUAUGAAGAUGCUAUUCAACUCAUCAGACAGAAGCGUCGUGGAGCCAUCAACAGUAAACAGCUAACCUACCUGGAGAAAUAUCGAUCCAAGCAGAGACUCCGCUUCAAAGACUCUCACGCACACAAGAACAAGUGUUGCACCAUGUAAACACACACACAAAGACACACAUGCACACACUCAGACAUCUUGUAGGGUACAAGAUGCAACAAAUGCUCUCAGGAAUCCAACCAUACAAGCCUUGUGUCACUGUCACAAACACCAAAAUAUAUGGGCACUAUUAGCCCAACUGUACCCGGGGAAUUUUUUGAAUGUAUUUACAGCAAUUUUUUUUAGAACCUAUUGAUUUUCCCUUGUUUGUAAUGAUUUCUGGUCUUUUAAAGAUUAUUUUAUUGGCACGUUUGAUAAUAAUAUAGUUUACAGCGAAGAAAGAUGGGCGAGGGAGAGAAAAUCACAUAAAAACUUAGUUUUUAUAGCUAAUUGUUAUGGCAUAUCUGCUUUAUUAGAUAGUUCUGGAAAACACACUAAGUUGGGUCAGGGAUAAUAUGUUGAGGUUUAUGAAUCACAUUCAAAAUUUUCAACAAAACAAAUCCAUAGUAUGCAUGUAGGACUGAUUUAUUAUGACAUAUACCUGAUGUUUAAACCUCAGAUCAUACCAGAUAUUUUAUGAAAAUACCACUGAAUUUUCAUUAUUUUGUACAGAUGUUCAAGAUAUUUAAUCACCAUAAUCACAGUAUACAUUUACAUGCAGUAUUUUUGUGUGUUCUGAGUGUUACUUUGAGAUUGUUUUAUGGCAUGAAAAACCCUUGAGACACAUUUUUUUUUAGAAUGAAACUUAAACACUGAAACACAGGAAUAAAAUAAUCUUAGCAGCUCAGUGUUUUCACUGUAAAUUAGUUUCAAUACUCAAAGUUGACCCUCUCUUUUAAAUGAUUCCUGCUGGUGUCUGUUCUCAGUGUAACUGGGCUCAUUUUCAGCUUCUAAAAUGCUAGAUGAAACAUUUUGGUAAACAGAAAGCCUUCAUUUGGUUUUGUCACAGUCACUGUUUUAAUGUCUUCAUUGUGCUCAGUUACGUGUUUACAUAUCAGUGUGUGCAUUAUAUUAUUCUCUGUUUACUGACACCCACAGAAGGAAACAUCUUUGUUAGCAGCAGCUGAUUUCAAGCCAGGUUUAAAGUACAUAUGAUAUAUGUAAAAAGAAAAUGUUAAUAAUUCUACAGUAAUGAUAUAGAUUACAGAUUCUAAAAUGACGGAGAGAUGUAAACUAGUUGUAAAUAACAUUAAAUGAGGUAUCUCUAUUUAUCACUUUUAUUCUCCUAGAGGUCAGGGUGAACCACUCCUACAAAAAUGUGCAAAGAAAAUUAAAUCCUUGCAGGUAUUACAAAUCUAUUUUUUUAUGUUUCCGUGUCAGGGAGGAAUUUUCAUCUUAUCAGAUGUUGAUGACUCUAAGGCUCGGUUUUAAAUUGAGAUGUUGGUCUAAUCCCGGCACAAAUAUAGCUGUGCAUCAUCACAUCUUUUAGACUAGAUUACAGUAUCUGAUAAAUAUUUUCUUGUGGGGUGGAGUUUACUUAUUCAUUUGUAUUGUUCCUGAAUGAUGCAUGUAACCGACUGCUUCUGAAACUUCUUUCAUUUUUCAUUCGAAAUGGAUACUUUUUUUGCUGAUGAUAGAGCAUGCACUUUAUAUGUAUUUGUAGUUUGCUUAUAAUGGUUUCCUCAUCAUCUAUGUUGUAAAAAAACAAACAAACUUCAACCUGAACUGAUGUCCUAAACAACAAUUUGAAAUGACAGCAGAUGGUGUAAAAUUGAAGUAAAGAAGCAGUAGAGAUUUAGAGAGGAAAGAGGAUCUACCAUUUUACCCAAAAGUUUAACUCUUUUUUUGUAAACAAACUGGCUACAGUUUACUUGUUUAUAUGACGUGUCUGUGUGUUUGUUUGAAUAUGCGUGUGUGUUUGGUAGUCUUUAGCUCUUGUUAAUCAUUGGGACUUGCCUGAGCUGACACUUUUUCUAAUGUAAAAACUAAUGCUGUAAAUGUCUGUAUGUCUGUAAAUUCUUGCAUUGUUUAAUAAAGGUUUUGUCACUGUCCCUA